UAAAUGGAGGUAGAUCCAGUACAAGACUUACAGAGCUGCAGAAGAGGCGAUAUUGAAUUUAUUAAGGCUUCGCUAAAAUCAGGAGUGAAUAUUGAGGCCCCUGACCAUGACAACAACACUGCACUCCACAUUGCUGCUGCUAAUGACCAUGAAAAUGCUGUGGCCUUCUUGCUUACCGCAGGGGCCAACAGGGAAGCUACAAAUAACCUCGGCUGGACACCACUUAUGCAGGCGGCUAGACACGGUCACGUGCAUGUCGUCAGUCGUCUGAUUAAUGCUGGAGCGUUAGUAGAUGCAUAUAAUAGGUUAGGAAUGUCAGCACUCAUGUUGGCUUCGGUCAGUGGUCACAUGGGAACGAUUCGCAUGUUGAUAGAAGCUGGAGCCAAGUAUGACCCUGAGAUUACAAAUGCUUCUAGUCAGAUCACCCCAACCCCACUUAUGAUUGCUGCCCAACACGGAAACAAUGCUGUGGUACGGCUGUAUCUGGACAAAGGCGUCAGUGCAAACAAAGCAAUUCCCAAAAUAGGUAUUACCCCACUUAUGUUUAGUGCUGCAGGAGGAAAUGUGUCCACAGCACAGUUGCUUUUAGACCGUGGUGCUGACGCGAAUGCAACCAGUGCCUGUGAUCUAACGGCGCUCGAUGUUGCAAAUGCCAGUAAUAGGCCAGAUAUUGUGAACUGCCUUGAAAAAGUGACGGCAAGACAAAAGAAAAAAGGUGCUGGAUAUGACCUAAUGGAAGCAGUUCGAAACGGAGACUUGAAAUCUGCCCAAGAAAUACUCAUAGCAGAUCCAGGCCAGAGUCAAAUAACAGCUUCCGAUGGUGCCACACCUUUAAUGGUUGCUGCUAUGUUUGGACAUUACCAGAUAGCUAAGUUGUUGCUGCAGUAUGGGGCUCCAAUUGAUGCCCAGGACCAGAAGAAUGGUUGGACCGCUCUCAUGCAAGCUAUAUAUCAUAGGCACACAGAAUUGGCAAAAUUACUGAUAAAAUGUGGAGCAGACACAAAUAAGGUAGCUCAUCGGGGUUACACAGCUUAUGAUUUUGCAAGUGAAACACUUGACAUUGAUAUAAUGAGUAUCUUUGUUGAGGCUCAGAUGAGCUCUCAGCAUUUGGGUACCCCAUCUCCCACACCUCAAGUCGGUUGGUCACAGCAGAGAGGAGGAAGUUCGCAAGAAAUAGCUAGCGUGUCGUCAAAACACGGUCUUAAACAUUGGUGGAAUAGAGUGUCUAACAGGUUCAACAAAGUGAAAGGGGUGAAAGUGCUCAGGUCAACGUCAGAAGAUGACAGUUUAAGCGACAUCAGUCUAUUGCCUCCUAUGGUGCCUAUACACUAUGAUCCAAUCCUGCCACAGGAAUUAAAAUUACCUCCAAUUAUGGAUUUUGAGGAUGGCAGUAUAUACGUCACUGAAACCAUGAAAAAUAUGGUGCCUCCACUUAUAUCUCCAACUGGUGGAAAACCAGGAUUCGUCUCCAAAGCCAUGCCUCCAGGACGGAAAAUAGUGCCGGGAGGGCCACUCGAACUCCCUCACCACGCUACAAAUUCACACCUUUUAAAAACCAGCUUGGGAAGUGGGGGAAGAUUAUCUCCUGGAUCUUCGCUCUCUGGACCAAGCCCUCAAUCAUCAGGUGAAGCACGAGGACUGGGGCACAUUUUGAAAAAUGGUGGCAGAAGGGGUCUAGACAAAAAGAAAGUUGGUGGUAGCAGCAGCGGAGAAAGUAACCUUUGAUCUUCACUGGAAAGCGGCGGUUCAGGAGGGUCAUCCCUGAAAACCGUCACAUCCUCAAAAUCUUCAAAAUCCUCGAAGUCGUCCCAUUCGACCGCAACGCUGACCCCGCAGAUGGGGGAGGAAAAACACGAGACCGCCUCAUCGACCCAUCACUUGACUCUCAGCCUGGGAUCUGGACAGUUGUCAGAGGUCCUUCAGAAACUUGCUCUGAAUCAGUAUUUAAACUUGUUUAUUGAACAAGAAGUAGACUUAGAUGUCUUCUUAGAACUGUCAGAUGAAGAUCUCCAAGACCUAGGUAUAUCGACUGCUCCAGCCAGGGAAAAAAUCUUAAAAGCUAUUGCUAGCCUAAAAGCCAAAGUUAAUUCAUGAAAUAAAGAACUUUAAUGUAAUUAUUUGAUCACUUGGUUUUAAUCUGUGCUUGAAAAUCAUCUCAAUUUCAUAAAUCAUGAACUGUAACUGCAUAUAGUAUUAUCUAAGUAUUAUUUGUUCAUUUUUAUCUCCGACAACAAAACGUCACCAACCACAUUUGAAAUUAUAAAUAAUAUAAUGAUUAUUAAUUAUAAAAUGUCAAGGAA